AACAAUAAAACUUUAUCUAAUUUCAUGUAAUUUGUUUUUAUUUGCAGAAUUCAUUUUAAUAAAAGUAAGUGUGUAAUGUCAUAAAAAAUUAGUGUAUCAUAAUGGAAAUUAUAAAGCAUUCAACUCUACCUGAUGAAACUAAAACAAUACGGAAGAAAAUGAGUCGAGCUGAUGUAAAAUUAAAAGAAAUAGAGCAACAACUCCAAAAUGCUCAAGAACAAUUUAAUUAUAUUAAAAAACGUUUAGCUCAUAUGAAAAAUGUUUGUGAAGAGCGUGGAUUUAUUAACUCCAAAGGAUUUAUUAACUCAUCUGCUAACUCAUCUAAUUGUGUUAUCAGUUCUAUUCAAGAAUCUAAUUGUUCAUCUACAAAUGAGUUUAAAAUAUCUCAUAAUACAUUGAGUAAUGGAAAAAAUGAUCAUGAAGAGAUCAGGAAAAUUUAUUCAUACACGUCUACGGCAAAUAGUAUAAAAUCAAUAGUUGUUAAUAAUGGUGCUGAUUUAGAUAUUUUUGAAAAUGAAUUUCAAACAGAAGAAUAUGUUUCUAAAGAUCAAAAACCAUCUUCAUUAAAAAUAGCAAUGAAAGUGUUCAGUGACAAACGAUUGAAUAAUAGUGAUGAACAAAUGUCGAUUUCGACAGAUGAAUUGUCAAGUAAUAGUCACAAUUUAGAUCAAUUAAAUGAUUUAAAGCUACUAGAAAUAUUUAAACCAUUUCCACCAACAUCAAAAAGUGAUAAAAAAUCACAAUUAAUAUUGAAAAUUAAUGGUACACAUAAAGAAACUUCUAAACAAUGUAAAAUUAAAAAAUUUGAUAAAAUGAAGAAAAACUUAUCCCAUGAAAAUUUGAUUGUUAAUGAACAGCCUCAAUUAAAUAAAGUUCGUGAGCAUAAUCGAUCAAUGAUUAUAAGAAAAGUAAGAAAAUUAAAAAAAGCUAGUAUUGAUCAUUUAGAAUCUAAACAUGCACUUAGUAAUUUAGUGACAAAAAGUCGAAAGAAAUUUAAAAGACGAGGUAAUACUUUGAUGAAUCGGAAAGGGAAAAAUUCUCAUCUCAAAUCUAAUAUUAAAAAUCUAGAAACAAUCAAAAUAUUUAAUAAAUACGAUCCUACUCCUGAUGUUGUUGAACUUUAUCAUAAUACAGCUACUAAAAAUACAACACCUUCCGUUGAAUCAAGUAAACAUUAUAUUGAACUACAAAAUGAAACGAACCAUGAAGAUUUAGGACAAAAUCAAAAUUCAAUGAAAUUUAUCCAAAAUGAAGUAAACACAAAUUUAAUGAAUUUAAAUUUUUUUAAUUCUCCCAAGGAAAAAUUCCAUCAAUUGGAUUUAAAAGGACAAUUCUCAGAAGUUGGCAUUCAGGAUUCUUUUUCCAGGAAAAAGGAGAGACCUGAUGAGCCUCGAGCUGAAGAUCAUCAUCAUCAUCGCCAUGAAAAUUGUCAUUCAAGAUCUCUUCGCUCUUAUUGCUGUGAAUUAAUUCCUACUGCGAGAAAUUAUCAACAACCAACGAUUGCAUCGAAAUUAAAAAAAGUUGAGAAAUGUUAUUUAGCAACUAAAUUCGAUUUUGGAAAUAUUCCAUUUGUUGUUGGAACUUCAAUAACUCCUAGUCACAAUAUUGGAUUAAAUAUCCAGCAGGUUUUAAGCUCACUGAAGACUAAACAACAUCAAAUAACAGCUGAUUUUCAAUAUGAACCCAUUAAUAAAAGUGGAAAAACUUUUAAUUCAAUCAUUCAGUCGUUACUAGAAACUUUAAAUGCUAAUUCCAUAAUCCAAUCGAAAUCAUUAGUUUAUUCAAAUGCAAUUAAAGAAGAAGAUAAUGCUACAACAACAGUAGAGCAAUCCAAGAAACCGGUAGAAAAUAAACAGAAAAAACAAUCAAUAAUUCAUAACACGAAAAAUUUAUCAGAAGAUAUAAGAAUAACUAAAAACAAAAAUUCAUUAUCAAAUUAUCAAAACUUUUCAAGCUCAGGAACAUUUGAAAAUACUAUGCGUAAAAUUCAUGAUCGAUUUAAUAUUUUAAAUGAAAAAUAUGAGUAUCUCCAAAAUCAAUUAUUGAAAACGAAUGAUAAAAAAAUAAAAAAAAAACUAACUCAAGUGGAGAAUGAAUUAAAUGAAAAAGAAGAAGAAAUAAAUGCUAUUGUUGGUUUAUGUUUCGAAGUAGCUGCACUAAAACGGCAAUUAAAAAUGCAACACAACAGUAGUCUUCUUUAUAUCACUACUAAAUGUUCAACACAUAAUUCUACAAAAAUAAAUUCUUCAACAACCGCAAGACCACAAAAUACUCAUAGUUUACACAUAACUGAAUAUCAGCAAAGAAAAACUCCAAUAAGUAAAAAAAUGCCACCAACCACAAAAGUGUUUGCAGGAUUAUUACGAAAUAUUCAAUCGAUUCAACAUCAAUUAACGACUAUAUGAAUAUUUUAAAAAAGAUAAAAUACUAAACAAGUAAAAUUCAUAAAGAUGUCAUUCUCUUUUAUAAGUUCUCAUUUUAUACUAAAUAAAUAGAUAAAAUUUGCUAAUUGUUAUUAAAAAUAAUAUUAACAACAAUAAAUUGAUUUUAUAAUGAUUUUAACACUGUAAGUUUAUUGUAAUCGUGCAAAUCUUUUCAAACUUAUCAUUAUUCUUGUAUUUCUACAGGCAAUAGCUAUUUUCAGAGAAAUUACUGUUUUACUCAAUAUGAUUAUUGAUGAUUUUCGACAAUUGUAUUUUUAUAAUGUUAGUUCAAUUAUUAAAUAAGUUUAACUUUUCACUAUUUCUAUAAAGUUCCAUCCAUGAUAAUCGCUAGAUAUGUUGGUAUAAUUUAGUCAGCUUAUUUGUCAAUCAAUGGAAUAAUCAUUCAUAUUCAAAUAAUCUGGAAUUUUUUUUUAAAUACCCAUAUGCACUUAAUGCAUCAUAGACAUGAUAUAACAGCUUAAAAAUAUCCAAAUAUUUAUCGAAAACGAAAAUCACAGCGUAUCAGCUAAUUAAUAUAAAUAUUGAUUAAGCAAUAUUUGUAUCAAAUUUGUUAAACUACAUUAUAGCGAAUUUUUUGUUGAUUGUGAUGAAUAUUAUUACACAAGAUGUUUUAAUUUUACCAUUUAAAGAUAAUUAUGAUAAUUAUUACUUAAU